AUGUCUUGGCAAACGUACGUCGAUUCCAACCUCGUCGGGAGCGGAAGGGUUUCCAAGGCUGCGAUCCUGGGGCAGAAAGGUGGUGUUUGGGCCGCUUCUGCUGGCUACACCUUAUCCGCCGAUGAGCAGAAGGCGAUCCUUACUAUCUGGACCAAUCCUGGGACGGCUCAAGCAAGCGGUAUCCGCCUGGCCGGCCAGAAGUUCUUCACGCUUCAGGUCAACGACCGCGCGUUGUACGGAAAGAAGGCGGCAGACGGCUGCGUAAUCGUGAAGACGAAGCAGGCGAUCCUUGUGGCGGAGUACACCGCCCCAACUCAAGCACCUGAAACGACACCAGUCGUGGAGGGCCUUGCAGAUUACUUGAUCAGUGUCGGAUACUAG